AUGAGACUAAAUAUUGCCAUCUUCUUUGGGGCUCUCUUCGGUGCUUUGGGGGUUUUACUCUUUUUGGUGGCUUUUGGAUCAGAUUAUUGGCUUCUUGCAACUGAAGUGGGGAAGUGUUCAGGUGAACAGAAUAUAGAGAACGUCACUUUCCACCAUGAAGGAUUCUUCUGGAGAUGUUGGUUUAAUGGGAUUGCGGAAGAGAAUGAUUCCAGUAUCUGGAAGUUCUGGUACACCAAUCAGCCACCAUCCAAGAACUGCGCACAUGCUUACCUGUCACCAUAUCCCUUCAUGAGGGGAGAGCACAACUCAACUUCCUAUGAUUCUGCUAUUAUUUACCGUGGUUUCUGGGCAGUCCUGAUGCUUCUGGGGGUCGUCGCCGUGGUGACUGCGAGCUUUCUGAUCAUCUGUGCAGCCCCCUUCGCGAGCCACGUUCUCUAUAAAGCUGGUGGAGGCGGGUACAUUGCUGGAGGCAUCCUGUUUUCCCUGGUGGUGAUGCUGUAUGUCAUCUGGGUCCAGGCAGUGGCUGACAUGGAAGGCUACAAAAACAUGAAAAUGAGAGACUGCUUGGAGUUCACCCCUUCUGUUCUGUAUGGCUGGUCAUUUUUCCUGGCCCCGGCGGGGAUAUUUUUUUCUUUAUUAGCUGGAUUACUGUUUCUAGUUAUUGGGCGGCAUAUACAGAUACGUCACUAA